ACCGCCUGUUUGAAUGACUGCACUGAGGGACAAUGCCAAAAAUCCACACAUGCAGAUGCUCUGAGUUCAUUUGUUUCUAGAGGCUGCAUCUGCAAAGCGGUGUGUAGCUGUUGGGGCUGAGGCUGUCUGGUCCUGAGUUUUCACUCUUCUAACCCAGGAAAUGGCAUAGUGUAACUGCAAUAGGAAACUGGCGAGCAGAGCAGUAAGCCUGGCUAAGUGACUCACCAAAACUUGUUAAACUGUGGGAAGGGGGUGGAGAGUUCAACCAGAUGGACGAUGCAGUGACCACAAAUCUGCACAUGGCUUCAUGUGCGUGCUGGACUGACCCCUGAUGUGGCUGUGCGGUGGUGAGAAGGGCUGAUGGGCUUUCUGUAGCUCGUUAAGAAGAUGCUGCAUUUGGUAGUCCUUAUUGCAUUCUCCGCUUUGAACAUUCUAAGCCAUGGGACCAUGUCCUGGGACACUGCACACCCCACUUUUGAAGAGCAGCAAACGCUAGAGCAAGGCUUGGAUAAGCAGGUCCUGCAGGGGGAAAUUGGUCGCCAGCCUCAUAUUAUUUUCAUACUGGCUGAUGACCAAGGUUACAGGGACAUCGGGUACCAUGGAUCAGAAAUUAAAACUCCCACAUUGGAUAAGUUGGCGUCGGAAGGAGUCAAACUGGAGAACUACUAUGUACAACCAAUAUGUUCUCCAUCCAGGAGCCAGUUUAUUACUGGGAAAUACCAGAUACACACAGGUCUUCAGCAUUCCAUAAUACGACCUUCACAACCCAACUGCCUGCCAUUGGACAAUGUGACUCUACCUCAAAAGCUAAAGAAUGCUGGCUACGCAACGCACAUGGUUGGAAAAUGGCACCUAGGAUUUUACCGGAAGGAAUGUAUGCCUACGCAGAGAGGAUUUGAUUCAUUUUUUGGUUCACUUCUGGGCAGUGGAGAUUACUAUAAUCAUUACAAGUGUGACAGCCCUGGAAUAUGUGGAUAUGAUCUAUAUGAGAAUGAUAAUGCAGCUUGGGAACAUGACAAUGGUAUUUAUUCAACAGAAAUGUAUACUCAGAGAGUGCAACACAUCUUGGCCAUGCACAACCCUAAGAAACCAAUUUUCCUUUAUGUUGCUUAUCAAGCUGUUCAUUCUCCUUUGCAAGCUCCAGGAAAUUAUGUAGAUCACUAUAGGUCAAUAACCAAUGAAAACAGGAGACGAUAUGCUGCCAUGUUGUCAUGUUUGGAUGAUGCUGUUAGUAAUGUAACCAUUGCCUUAAAAAAGUAUGGCUUCUAUGAAAACAGUGUGAUAAUCUAUUCAUCAGAUAAUGGUGGGCAACCAAUGGCUGGAGGUAAUAAUUGGCCUUUACGUGGGAGCAAAGGCACAUAUUGGGAAGGAGGAAUACGUGCUGUUGGUUUUGUACAUAGCCCCUUUUUGAGAAACAAAGGCUAUGUGUGUAGGGAACUGAUACACAUAACAGAUUGGUUCCCAACCUUGGUCACAUUAGCUGAAGGAGAAAUUGAUGAAGGCAUCCACCUGGAUGGUUAUGACAUAUGGGAGACCAUAAGCGAAGGAAAGCGUUCCCCAAGAGUGGACAUCCUGCAUAACAUUGACCCUAUGUACACCAAGGCAAGAAAUGGUUCCUGGGCAGCUGGUUUUGGUAUUUGGAAUACAGCAAUCCAGUCAGCAAUUAGAACCAAAGAUUGGAAAUUACUUACAGGAAACCCUGGUUAUGGAGACUGGAUUCCUCCUCAAAGUUUUAUUAAUAUGGGACCAAACCGUUUCCACAAUGAGCGGGUGACUUUAUAUAAUGGAAAAUCCAUAUGGCUUUUUAAUAUAACAGCUGAUCCAUACGAAAGAUUUGAUUUGUCUGACAAAUAUCCAGAUAUUGUAAAGCAGCUGUUAAGAAGACUUGCACAGUAUAAUAAAACUGCUGUUCCAGUGAGAUACCCACCAAAAGAUCCAAGAAGCAACCCAAAGCUAAAUGGAGGAGUUUGGGGUCCAUGGUACAAAGACAAGAAAAAGAAGUCAAAUACAAAGAAAUCUAAGAACAAGUCCAAAAAGAAACCCAAGCAUCGGAAACAACAAUAUUCCGGCUGCCGCCCACCACCAGCCGAUUCAUAAUGGACAAACUAGUGUCAGGCAAUACUGUGUUUAAAUACCUUAUGCACCAUUUGUAGAAGUCUAAUGGCAACCCAAUGCAAUCAUUUUCCAGUG